AUGGAUCUGACGUUUCUCGCCUUUUUUGCGCCCUUCAUCGCGGCCGCGUUUGCACCUGUUCUGGUCAGGCUUCUUGGUCACAAUGCCGCCUGGGUCCUGGCCCUGGUUCCUGCGCUCAUCUUCGUCCACUUUGCCGGCUUUCUGCCCCAAGUGGCCGAGGGCGGCAGGGUGACGGGCGGCGUUCAGUGGAUUCCGUCCUUCAACGUCAAUUUCUCCUGGCUGAUCGACGGCCUGUCCCUGACCUUUGCCCUUUUGAUCUCGGGCAUCGGCACGCUGAUCGUUCUUUAUGCGGGCGGCUACAUGAAGGGCCAUCCGCAGCAGGGCCGGUUCCUCUGCUUCAUCCUGAUGUUCAUGGGCGCGAUGCAGGGGCUGGUCCUGUCGGACUCCUUCUUCAUGUUCUUCGUGUUUUGGGAGCUGACCUCGAUCACCUCGUUCCUGCUGAUCGGGUUCAACCACAAUGCCGAGCGCUCGCGCCGCGCUGCGAUGCAGGCGCUUGUGGUCACCGGCGGCGGCGGGCUGAUCCUGCUGGCAGGUCUCAUCUUCCUGUGGAACAUGACGGGCGUCAGCGAGUUCUCGCUGCUCUUGGGCACCGGCGAUCUGGUGCGCGAAAGCCCGUUCUAUCUGGCGGCGCUGAUCCUCGUGCUUGGCGGCGCCUUCACCAAGUCGGCGCAGUUCCCGCUGCAUUUCUGGUUGCCAAACGCGAUGGAGGCGCCGACGCCCGUGUCGGCCUAUCUGCACUCGGCGACCAUGGUCAAAGCCGGCGUCUACCUUCUGAUGCGGCUCAAUCCGGUGCUUGGCGACACGAUUGCCUGGGAAACCAUUUUGCCGCUGUUCGGCGGCGCGACGCUGCUUGUGGGCACCUUCCUUGCCGUGCGCCAGACCGACCUCAAGCUGAUGCUCGCCUAUACGACCGUGGCCUCGCUCGGCCUUCUGGUCAUGCUCACCGGCUUCGGCACCGAAAAGGCGAUCGAAGGCGCGGUCCUCUAUCUGGUCGCGCAUUCGCUGUUCAAGGGUGCGCUGUUCAUGGUGGCCGGCAAUGUCGACCACGAGGCCGGCACCCGCGACGUGACCAGGCUCGGCGGACUUUUGGCGGCCAUGCCGAUCACCUUCGGCGCCGCGAUCCUGUCGGCCUUCUCGAUGGCCGGCCUGCCGCCCUUCGUCGGGUUCCUCGCAAAGGAGGAGAUUUAUUACGGCAUCGCCGCGUCCGAUCCCUGGUCGAUCUUCAUCACCACCGUUGCGAUCGUCGGCAAUGCGCUGAUGUUGGUGAUCGGCUUUGCCGUCGCCGUCAAACCGUUCCUCGGCCCCAAGGUCGAAACGCCCAAAUCCGCGCACGAGGCGCCGCUUUUGAUGUAUGCCGGGCCGGUUUUGCUGGCCGCGCUGAGCCUUGCUGCCGCCCUCUGGUCGGGUCUGUUCCACCAGUUCAUUUCAAGCCCGAUGGCAUCGGCUGUCGCCGGUGCGCCGCUUGAGAUCACCAUCUCCAUCAUCCCCAAGCCCGGCAUCGCGCUGACGCUGUCGAUCGUCACCAUUGCAAUCGGCGCCAUACUCUAUUUCGGACUGGCCCGUCUGCGCGCUGCAAUGGCGGCCUCGCUCAAGGCGAUCGGCUGGGGUCCCGACCAAGGGUUCGACCAGUUCAUGCGCGGGCUGGUUCGCCUGUCUGUCGUUCUGACGCGCACGCUGCAGAACGGCCGCAUGGAAUUCUACAUGACGGCGACCUUCGUGCUGCUGGCCCUGUGGCUGUUCCGGACCAUGUUCGUCGCCGACGAGUGGCCCGCGGUUCCGGCCUUCCCGGUCCUGUCCAUCUAUGAGUGGGUCACCGUUUCCAUCAUCGCCAUCGGCCUGAUUGCGGUCGUGCGUGCCAAGAACCGCCUGACGGCGAUCGUCUCGCUCGGUAUUCAGGGUUUCGCCGUCGCGAUCCUGUUCAUGCUGAUGGGCGCGCCGGACCUGUCCUUCACCCAGUUCAUGGUCGAGACGCUGACCGUGGUCAUCCUGGCGCUUGCCAUGACGCGGCUGCGCCUGUCGCCGCAGGAUCAUCGCUCCGCCGGCCAGACGGUGCUCGACGGCACCAUCGCCAUCGCCUGCGGCGUUGCGCUGACCUUCAUCCUGCUGCAGAUCCUGCAGACGCCGUUCGACCGGACGCUGACCGAGUUCUUCAAUCUCUACUCCUAUUCGCUCGCCCAGGGCCGCAAUAUCGUCAACGUGAUCCUCGUCGACUUCCGCGGGGUGGAUACGUUCGGCGAGAUCGGCGUCGUCAUGGUGGCCGGAUUGGCGAUUCUCGCCCUUCUGCGGAUCGUGCCCAAGCGGAGUGAGCCGAUGCGCACCUUGAUCUUCCGGGCAACCGCUCCGUACCUGACCGCGCUGAUGCUGCUCUAUUCGAUCUUCGUCCUGUUGCGCGGGCACAACGAACCCGGUGGCGGCUUUAUCGGCGGACUGAUCGCCGCAUCGGCGCUGGCCAUCUACGGCAUCGCCUGCGGCGUUUCGCCGGUGCGGCGCGCGAUCCGCUAUCAUCCGAUGGCGAUUUCCGGGUUUGGCCUGUUCCUUGGUGCGAUCGCCGGGAUGUUCUCGCUGUUUGCCGGCGUGCCCUACAUGACGGGUCUUUGGAUCUACCCGACCGUUUUCGGCGUUGAACUGAAGCUUUCCACGACGCUGAUCUUCGACAUCGGAGCGCGACUGAUGGAAACCGCCGUUGCGGUCCUGACCGGCCUUUAUUUUGCGGUCUCGAUCUAUCUGAUGCUGUCGCGGCACAUCAUCCGCAUCCUGCUGGGCACGGUGACCCUGUCGACCGGUGCGAACCUGACGAUCUUCGCAAUGGGACGCAUCACACGGGAAGUGCCGCCGAUCAUCCCCAGCGGCCUUUAUCUGCCGGCCGAGGGCGCCGCCAACGCGCUGCCGCAGGCGCUUGUCCUGACCGCGAUCGUGAUCGCCUUUUCCCUGUUCGCCUUCCUGCUCGUGCUCGUCAUGCGCUCCUAUCAGGAGCUUGGCACCGACGACACGUACGCCAUGCGCGACGCUGAACCCGAGGGCGAGCCGCUGCCGCCGCUCGGCUACUCCGACGCCUUCGUCAUGGAGGCGCCCGCACUUGCCGACUGGCUGAUCGUGAUGCCGCUCGUCAUCGGCUUCAUCUUCGCCGCGCUUUGCCUGAUGACCCGCAAGGACACCAGACGGCAGCCGGCGAUUGCGAUCACCGGACUUGUCCUGAUCCUGCUGUGUGUCGUCGGCCUUUUCGUCCAUGUGCUCGUCAACGGCACGGUCGUGAUGGCCAUGGGGCGCUGGCUGCCGCCCUUCGGCAUCGCAUUCGUUGCCGACAUGCUGGGCGCGACGCUUGCGCUGAUCAGCGGCAUUGUCGGGUUGGCGACCGGCAUCUACGCCUUGCGCGAGGCCGACAACACCGAACGGCGCUACGGCUUCUACCCGUUCCUUCUGAUGAUGUUGUCGGGCGUGAUCUGCGCCUUCCUGACGGGCGACAUCUUCAACCUCUAUGUCUGGUUCGAAGUGCUGCUGCUCGGCUCGUUCGGCCUCCUGAUCCUGGGUUCGAGGCGUGACCAGCUCGACGGCGCGACCAAGUACGCGUUUUUGAACCUGGUUGCGACGACGCUGUUCCUGAUCGCCGUGGCCUAUGUCUACGGCCUGUUCGGAACGCUCAACAUGGCCGACAUCGCGCGCAAGGCGGCCGUGAUGGACGAGGUCGGGCCGCGCCUGACGAUCGCCGCGCUGUUCUUCUUUGCCUUUGCGAUGAAGGCGGCCGCGUUCCCGCUCAACUUCUGGCUGCCGGCCUCCUAUCACACGCCGCGGCUGGCGGUCGGCGCGAUCUUUGCCGGUCUCCUGACCAAGGUUGGCGUCUAUGCGCUGCUGCGCAUUCUUCUGACGAUCUUUCCGGCCGACCGCGACGAUCUGGCCGUGGCGAUCGCCGUCGUUGCCGCCGCAUCGAUGCUGCUCGGCGCGAUUGGUGCGCUCGCCCAGACCGACAUGCGCCGCGUUCUGGGUUAUCUGGUGAUUUCCGGGAUCGGCAUCAUGCUGGCCGGCCUGGCGCUCGGCAGUGCAACGGGCCUGUCGGGGACGGCAUUCUACACCGCCCAUUCGAUGGUCGUCAUGACCGCGCUUUAUCUCUUGGUCGGCAUUGUCGGCGCGGCGGCCGGCACGUUCGAUCUUCAUCGCGCAGGCGGUCUUUAUGCAACCGCACCCUGGCUGGCGGUCGUCGCGCUGGUCUUGGCCUUUUCCGUCUCGGGCCUGCCGCCCUUUUCCGGCCUCUGGCCGAAGAUCUUUCUGGUCAAGGCUUCGAUCGACGUCGGCGCCUGGUGGCUGGCCGCCGCGAUCCUCGUCUCCGGUUUCCUGACCACGAUCGCCAUUGUGCGGCUGUUCGCUUUCGCCUUCUGGCGCCCCGCCCAUCCCGACAUGCGGUCGCUGUCGCUUGCCGAAGUGCCGGUCGCGCGGCUGGGCCUGCCGGUCCUGGCCGGCCUGUGCGGCCUGACCGUCAUCGCAGGCCUUUACCCCGAACCGUUCAUCCAGGUGUCCGACCGGAUCGCGUUCGAAUUGAGCCGUGCAGUGAACCUGUUUCUCGCCAACAUCCUUCUCGCCCUGUCCUGGGCGGCCGUCUCCGGCAGCUUCGCGCUGAUCAACAUCCUGUUCGGAUUUGCGCUCGGCGCAUUGGCGUUGACCAUCAUCCAGGAACAGGUCGGCUCGGUCGGCUAUCUGUCGCGGCUUUACCGCAUCAUCUCGCUGCUGCUGCUGUUCGUCUACGAACUGAUCCUGUCGGCCACGCGUGUGGCCAUUCUUGUGCUGUCGCCGAACAUGAAGCUGAAACCGGGCAUUCUGGCCUAUCCGCUCAAGGUCGACCGCGAUCUGGAAAUCACGGUUCUGGCCAAUCUGAUCACGCUGACGCCGGGCACGCUGUCGGUGGAUGUCUCCGCCGAUCGCAAGACGCUCUACAUCCAUGCGCUGGAUUGUUCGGACCCCGACAGCAUACGCGCCGACAUCGCCGACGGCUUCGAGCGCAAGAUAUUGGAGAUCGCCUUGGUGAUUCUCAGCCUGGCGUUCCUGGGCACCGUGUUCAAGGUGAUCCGCGGGCCGACGCUGCCCGACCGGAUUCUUGCGCUCGACAUGCUGGUGGCGACCGCCAUCGGCUUUAUAGCGGCCAUCGGCAUCAAGACGGGUUUCACGCUUUACGUCGAUAUCGCGAUCACGCUGGGCCUUGUCGGUUUUCUGGCGACGGUUGCGUUUGCCCGGUUCGUUCUGACCCGUGGCCGCAGCGAGAACGAUGGGCCGAGCGAAGACGACGACAUGACGCAGGACGCGGUGAUCAUGCCCGAUGCCGCGCAAUUUUCCGAAAUUGGCGAGGCGAAGAAGAAAUGCGUGGUCUUCUUCCUGUUGACCGCGCCGAUCGCCGCGCACCUUCUGGCGCGCGCGGCAUACGCUGUGGGCUAUCCGCUGACCAAGGACAGUGUGCGCGACGAUCUGGUGCAUUCGGCGCUUGGCAAGACGGGCGAUGGCACCGAAAGCGGUCCGGCCGAAAAGCCCGUGCCGGCGGUGAACCCCAAGCGCUCAGUCACGCGCGACUACAUCGUGUGCCUGGAAGACGGCAAGAAGUUCAAGUCGCUCAAGCGUCAUCUCAUGAGCCACUAUGGCCUGACGCCGGAAGAGUACCGCGAGAAGUGGGGCCUUGCGCCCGACUAUCCGAUGGUUGCUCCGGCUUAUGCCGAACAGCGCUCACGGCUGGCGCGCGAAAUGGGUCUCGGCCGCAAGCCGGGUGCCAAAGUCAAGAAAAAGUAG